AUGCAGCCGUGGAACGCCGGCCGCUCAAAGGUGCAGAUCAAACUCUCGAUCCAGCGUCUACGCACUCUGCAGGAGAAGAAGCUUGCCCUCGCCAAGAAGGCACGGCGCGACAUUGCUGACUUGGUCGCCAAGAGUAGGACCGAAACGGCAAAGCUUCGGGUCGAGGGACUCAUCCAGGACGACAUCUAUGUCGAGCUCCUCGAGUUGUUGGAGCUCUAUUCCGAGACGCUGCAAGCGCGCUUUGGCCUGCUGGAUCAGAGCAUCGGGGAGAAUCCCGAUCCGUCCAUCGCCGAUGCGGUUUGCGCGAUCGUUUACGCUGCCCCACGCACCGAGCUCAAGGAGUUGCACGUCCUUCGUGAGAUCCUGAUGCACAAGUUUGGCCGCAACUUUUCUCUCUCUCUCCAGCCUUCCGACCCGCCCCCUGCCUGCGUACCACCCCGUAUUCUCUCCAAGCUCGCCAUCUACACCCCUCCAUCUGAACUCGUCGAUGCGUAUCUCUCCGAGAUAGCCCGGGGUUAUGGCGUCGCCUAUGCUCCACUGAGCAAAGAGGAUAUCCCUCCUCUGGAGGACGAUGAUGAUGACGGGAACGGGAGUGGGAGCGGAGGAGAAGGCCAGAAGGACGAGGGCCUCAAGGUCGAGGGUACGGAAGAGCGGACGCCGGCCCCUGCAAUUGCUGAGAAGAGUGCCGCGCCCCGCGGGCCUGUGGUUGUCAAGAAGCCCACGCCCGAGGACGAGCUCGCGGCACGCUUUGAGCGCCUCAAGUCUCAUCGCUAG